AUGAUGAAAAUACUUUAAGGUACAACGAGAGAUAGAUUUUUAAAUAAAGUCCUAAAUAAAAUUGAGAUCGAGGAGUUUAACUAAAAAUCUACAGAAGAGUAAUAGUCUUAGUAUUUGGCUUCUAGGUGGGCAUUUAAAGAAGCUAUUGUAAAAGCCUCUGGUAGAAGAGAGCUUAUAUUCCCUUAAAUGUAUCUAACUAAAUCAGUUGACUGUCCAAAGCCAAAACUAAAGAUAGAAGAAACUAGUAAACAAAUUUUAGAAGAGCAAUUAUAAAUCAAAGAUAUUCAUGUAUCUAUAUCUCAUGAGAAUGAAUUUUCAGUAGCUUUUGUUAUCUUGACAAUAUGA